UAGGAAACCCAGACAAGUAAACAAACAAUUUCGAGCAUGGAGGGUCAGGACCACCAGAGCUCCAUCAGCCUGGGGAGCAGUGGUGACGCCUCUAGGCUGGGAUUCUUGGCCCGAUUGGACCGCCUGCUCCGCCGCUGGCUGCCUGGAUACAGUUUAAUUCGCGGUAGGCGCAGUUCGCCAUCGGAAAUCUCGAUUAGCGGAGGUUCCACUUUUGGUAGCAGGGCGGCACAUGGCCGCAGGGGCAGGAGGGGCAACAAACAGGAAGUCUAUUUGGACACGGGCAUUGCCAAGUCCGAGUUCUGUGACCAGCUGGAGAACUUGCUGCGCAACAAGCUGCUCCAGAAGCAGCAGGAACAGCAGUUGGCUUUGCAACAGCAGGAAAGGGGCCGCGGGAAGGAGCGGGAGCUAAGCCAACCGCUCCAUCCCCAAACGGUGACCAGUUCUUGAGUUAAUGUUUCCAUUUCUGUUUACGAAUAUAUAUUUUUCAUUCCAUCAAUCAAUCAAUAGAAACGCCUCAUUAAAAUUAAUUAGAAAUAAUGACCGGCAAAAGCCGG